GGGGCGCCUCGCCAGCGGGCCGGGCCGGGCAGCGGUCGCGGCGGGGGCCGGCAGUGCCCUCCCCGGAGCGGCGGCAGGAGGACGGCAGGGAAGGACGCGCUGACAGAGCCGGCAGCAGCCAGCACGCCGUUCGAAGAUGUCGGGUCAGACGCUGACAGAUCGCAUCGCAGCUGCUCAGUACAGCGUUACGGGAUCGGCCGUAGCCAGAGCCGUCUGCAAAGCCACCACGCAUGAAGUGAUGGGGCCCAAGAAAAAGCACCUGGACUACUUGAUCCAAGCAACUAAUGAAACAAACGUGAACAUCCCUCAGAUGGCUGAUACGCUUUUUGAGCGAGCGACGAAUAGCAGCUGGGUGGUCGUGUUCAAAGCCUUAGUCACCACACAUCAUCUCAUGGUCCAUGGCAAUGAGAGAUUUAUUCAGUACCUGGCAUCUAGAAACACAUUGUUCAAUCUCAGCAAUUUUCUGGACAAAAGUGGAUCUCAUGGUUAUGACAUGUCCACCUUUAUUAGGCGUUAUAGUAGAUACUUGAAUGAAAAAGCAUUUUCCUACAGACAAAUGGCAUUUGACUUUGCAAGAGUGAAGAAAGGAGCUGAAGGUGUAAUGAGAACAAUGGCUCCUGAAAAGCUGCUGAAGAGUAUGCCAAUAUUACAGGAACAAAUUGAUGCACUACUUGAAUUUGAUGUUCAUCCAAAUGAACUGACAAAUGGUGUCAUAAAUGCUGCAUUCAUGCUUCUGUUCAAAGAUCUCAUCAAACUUUUUGCUUGCUACAAUGAUGGGGUUAUUAACUUACUAGAGAAAUUUUUCGAAAUGAAAAAGGGACAAUGUAAAGAUGCUCUUGAAAUCUACAAACGAUUUCUAACUCGAAUGACCAGAGUAUCAGAGUUUCUUAAAGUUGCAGAGCAAGUUGGAAUUGACAAAGGUGAUAUCCCUGAUCUUACACAGGCUCCCAGCAGUCUCAUGGAGACCCUUGAGCAACAUUUAAACUCACUGGAAGGAAAAAAACCUGGCAACAAUGAAGGAUCUGGGGCUCCUUCUCCUCUGAGCAAGUCUUCUCCAGCCACAACUGUUACAUCUCCUAGUUCUACUCCAGCAAAAACUAUUGAUACAUCUCCUCCAGUUGAUCUUUUUGCAACUUCAUCUACAGCUGCUCCAGUCAGCUCUUCCAAGCCAUCCAGUGAUCUUUUGGAUCUUCAGCCAGAUUUUGCCAGUGCUGGGCAGGCAGCUCCAGCGCCUGCUCCUGCGGGCGCUGCUGCUGCUGCUGCUGCUGGAGGCACCUCGUGGGGAGACCUCUUGGGAGAGGAUAAUCUGGCUGCACUUUCUGGUGUGACCUCGGAGCCACAGAUUUCAGAUCCAUUUGCCCCAGAGCCUACUGCAGCUGCUGCUCCAACUACUGACACUGCAACCACUACAGCUGCUGCCACGACAGCCACCACUGUCCCUGCUGCCACUGCUGAGGUGGAUCUCUUUGGAGAUGCCUUUGCAGCUUCUCCUGGGGAAGCCCCUGCAGCAGCUGAAGGGGCAGCAGCACCAGCUACCCCAACCCCUGUAGCAGCAGCUCUUGAUGCAUGUUCAGGAAAUGACCCCUUUGCCCCAUCCGAAGGUAGUGCAGAGGCUGCUCCUGAGCUGGACCUCUUUGCUAUGAAGCCAACAGAGACUGCUGUUCCUGUAGUUACCCCUACAACUAGUGCAGCCACUCCAGUUCCUGCAACAACUCCUUCUCCAGCUGCUGCUGUUGCUGCUGCUGCUACUGCUACUACAGCUACUGCCACUACCACCACUACUGCCACCACUUCUGCUACCGCCACCACCUCCGCUCCUCCUGCUCUAGAUAUAUUUGGUGAUUUAUUUGAGUCUGCUCCUGAUGCACCUGCAGCACCUAAACCUGAUGCUACUCCUAGCAUAGAUCUCUUUGGUACAGAUACAUUUUCAUCUCCACAACCUGGAGCUUCUCCUGUGCCUGAGAGUUCUCUCACUGGUGAUCUCUUAUCUGUGGAUGCAUUUGCAGCCCCCUCUCCUCUACCCGCUGCCUCUCCAGCAAAGGUGGAUUCUUCAGGUGUGAUUGACCUAUUUGGUGAUGCUUUUGGAAGUAGUGCUGCUGAACCCCAGCCCACUACCCAGGCUGCUUCUAGUUCCUCAGCUUCUGCAGACCUACUUGCUGGCUUUGGAGGUUCCUUUAUUGCUCCCUCUCCAUCACCAUCCCCAGUCACUCCAGCUCAAACUGGAUUACUACAGCCCAACUUUGAUGCAGCUUUUGGGACAACAGCUCCAACAGCUGGCAGUUCAUUUGAUGCAUCAGUGUUUGAUGGCUUAGGUGAUCUUCUCAUGCCAACUAUGGUUCCUUCUGGUCAGCCUGUAGCACCUGCAGCCACAGCAACAGUCCCUGCUGCAGCAGCAAGCAAAGGCCUCGGGAGUGAUCUUGAUUCGUCUCUCGCAAACUUAGUCGGCAAUCUUGGAAUUUCUGGUACUACUUCUAAAAAGGGAGACCUGCAGUGGAAUGCUGGAGAGAAAAAGUUAACAGGAGGAGCCAACUGGCAGCCAAAAGUAGCACCUGCAACAUGGUCAACUGGUGGUGUCCCAGGUGGUCCUUUGAAAGGCUGGGCAAUACUGUACAGUGUAAGUGAAUUUUUUUUUGACCUCUUACUGCACUUACUAAACAUGAAGAUACUAACAGCACUCACCUGCACUGCAGUUACUACUGCUGGCUUAAAACUAGCUAGAAGCUUCUAACACGGCUCCUCUUGGGCUGUCUGUCCAACAGACAAUUCUCAGCCAGUGGGUUGAAUAUGGCAGUAGUGAUGAACCAUUUCUGUGCUGUAAGCUUGAAAAUUAUCUCUUUACUGCUUUACUUUGAUGUGAACUACCUGAUGAUUUGUACUGCCUGAAAUUUUGAGCUUCUGCAGCAUCAGUCUGAUCUUGUAGUGAUUUUACCAUCUGAGAAGUAAUUGGUGUUUCUGGGAAGCUGGGUAGUUUUGGUAGCAUUUCAUGAAACAUUUGUGUUGUAUAUAUUUCUUCAGAAUCAUGCACUUAGGUACUUUUUGAAAGCAAAGUAACCCGGGUCUGCAGGCAAAAUAAAUAUGAAUGAAAAAAUGAAGCUUUUAUUCGUGUCACUAUUGAACCUUUUAAGUUUUGGUCACUUCUUCCCUUUCUUGUGAACUUUCAAUUCCAGGAUUAAAAUCAGCAGAAUUACAUCAAACCCCAUCCCCUCAAGUGACCUUGUGCUUAGAGGCAGGAGCAGAUUCAGUUUGUAUGGCCAUUUUCUUGGCAUCUGCCUGACUGGAUGUUGAGCUACAGUGUGUUCCUGUAAAAGUGAUCCAACUGCAUCUGAUGUCAUUAACCUGUGUGGUUUAGUGUCUUGCUUUACAUACCUGAUUGUCCAGAUCUUGAUUUUAGUUUGGAGACUCUGCUAGCACAGUACAGUUUUUAACUGAAAUGCUCCCCUGAAACUUUCAGACUGGAAUAGAGUUCAUAAAUUCUUAGCCAGAAAAUGUAGUAGUUUGGAUAAAUAAGUCUGGGACAGGUUAUCUUGACUUGUCUCCAGCUUCUUAAGAAACUGGCAUGUUUUAGCCUGGAAGCAAGGACCAACCAAGGGCACUAAAAUGCAGCAUUCUCAGAAGUGGACUGUACAGUUCCAGCAUAUCUGCAGAGACACACUCUCCUUUGAGCUGUAAGUGUGCUAGCUGCUCUCCAAGUGCUGUGGGGUGUUACUGACUCGAGGUGGGUGGUAAAGAUGUGGAGGCACAGACCAUACAGCUCCUGUAACAGCUUGGGAAAUGGUGUCAGUGUGCUUAGGCCAUGCAAGAGUAGUAAUGAAAUCCUACUGCCCUUUUUACAUCCCUUCCUUGAAUACUUUCUGCCUCUCCUCAGAGCUGUUAAUAAUUUGGAUUGUAUAUAUCUGUGAAAAGGAAAGGUUUAGAUGCCUUCAAGGCUAUAAGGAGACACUGCAUGGGAGUUACAUGGAAGGCAGCCAAAAGGGAUGAUGUGUAGGCUGUGCUAAAUAAGUGAGGUGGGGUGGCCUUUUUAAAGGUGCUCUUGUGCUGUAUAUCCAGUCAGACUACUAAACUAACAGUUCUCCCUGAAUUGUAGUGGAAGAUAACCUUUGUUUUGCCUUUUAUUAUUUGAACUAAAAUCAUACCAAUAUGAAUGAAAAUCAUAGCUAGACAAACUAAACUGCCCUUAGUAAUGGUUCUGAUUGUGGUUUAAGUGUAUUAACUUAUCCUUUAACUUCAAUGAUUCUUGGUGCAUAAUUAUUUUUUCUUCACUGUAAACUAAUUAUAGCAGCUAUUUCCUUUAGCUUUACAAUCUGCUUAAGCUUUUACUAAAAUACAGUGCUACAAUAAGUGUCAUAGUGUGUUAGUUGUUAAGAAAUUUGGGUGCUUUCUUACGCUAUGAGAAGGAGAAGGAAACUCUGUCCUCUUGGGCCUAUUUUGAGUUCUAAUCAGUAAAUGGGCUAUGUUCAUGAGGAGAAUGGAGUCUGUCACCAUUGCUUUCUCAUGAAGGAAGAAGCUGAGCAUAAGGACUCAUUCAGCUCUCUCAUUCCUUGAAGCAUUGUGGUUUUGAGGCUGCAUAUGUGCUGCAUAACAGUCCUACUUUCCAGAGCAGCUUUGAGAAUGCUGGAGACUCUGUGUGAUUUCCAGAUGGUUGCUGUUAGAUUUUUG